AUGAUUGGCCUCUGGAGGGUUGGGAGAACGAUUGGGAAGGGCAGCUCUGGACGUGUUAGAGUCGCACGGCACUCAACAACAGGCCAGUAUGCCGCUAUAAAGAUUAUCUCUAAAACCUCUUUGGCUUCACGGACGCAACUCUCAGUCGAACGAGAAAUUGUCGUCAUGAAGUUGAUCGACCAUCCGAAUAUCAUGCGGCUCUAUGACGUCUGGGAGACUUCCACCGAUCUGUAUCUUAUUCUGGAAUACGUUCAAGGCGGAGAACUCUUCGAAUAUCUCUGUAACAAAGGCCGCCUGCCUACUAGCGAAGCUCUCUCUUACUUUCAACAGAUCAUUAUUGCCGUGGAUUACUGUCACCGUUUCAACAUUGCUCACAGGGAUCUCAAGCCCGAAAACAUCCUCCUCGACCAGGACUUCAAAAUCAAAAUUGCUGACUUUGGUAUGGCCGCCUGGCAAGCCGACCCGAAGGGAGUCGAUCUUCGAACAUCUUGCGGCAGUCCUCACUACGCUUCUCCAGAAAUCUGCAACGGGGAGGCUUACAAUGGCGCAGCAGCCGACAUCUGGUCUUGUGGUGUGAUACUUUUUGCCUUACUAGCGGGAAGGCUGCCUUUCGAUGAUGACGACUGCCCCACCUUGCUCGAAAAGAUCAUUAUAGGAAAAUUUGCAAUGCCAAUCGACAUUGACGACGAUGCGAAGGACUUGUUGAGCCGCAUGCUUUCCAAAGACGCGAGCAAACGAAUCACUAUGCCUGAAAUUCUCCAGCAUCCCUUUUUCUUGUCUCAAGCACCCGCGACCUUCGGUCACGUUGCCCCAGACUUGGAUACUAUUGCGCGCCCUAUUGCCAGCCUCGAUAUGAUUGACACUGACAUAUUUGCAAACCUACGUACCCUCUGGCAUGGCACUCCCGAAGAUGACAUUGUUGAGAGCUUGAUGAACAAUGAGCGGAACUGGCAAAAAGGCAUUUAUCACAUGCUC